AAACUGUCCUCCCAAAAAGCACUUCCUACUUUGUCAUCUUCACAUCAGACUCGGUGGCUCUGUCUAACUGGUACUAAGGUUUUUGCUGUUCUAACUCGGCACGAUGGAGAUACAGCCCGACAGGCAGCUAGUGCUGGCUGUCUGCAUCAUCACCUUUGUCUUUGGGUUCCCGGCCAACAUCCUGGCACUCUUCACCUUCAUCAAGAAGGUGCGUCAGAAUCCAACGCCCGUGGACAUCCUUCUGCUGAACCUUACCGUGUCCGAUCUGCUCUUCCUGGUGUUCCUGCCUUUCCGCAUGAAGGAAGCUGUAGACGACAUGAAGUGGAACAUGCCCUACUUCUUCUGCCCGUUAUCAGGGUACAUCUUCUACACCACCAUCUACAACAGCACCUUGUUUCUCACUGCCAUCUCCGUGGAGCGCUACCUCGGUGUUGCGUUCCCCAUCAAGUACAAGCUGAAACGGAGGCCCUUCUACGCCGUGGUCUUUGGGUUCGUGGCGUGGGCUAUCUCCAUGGCGCACUGCAGCAUCGUCUACAUCAUGCAGUACUACGACCACACCAACAAGACGGCCAUCGAGCCGUCAGAGCGUGACACGUGCUACGAGGAGUUCACGCCAGCCCAACUGAAGAUCCUGCUGCCUGUGCGGCUGGAGCUGUGUAUCGUGCUCUUCUGCAUCCCCCUGCUCAUCUGCUCCUUCUGCUACAUCAACUUCAUCCGCAUCCUGUCCCGGCUGCCCAACAUCACAGCGCACAAGCGCUACCGGGCCAUUGGCCUGGCCGCUGGCACCAUGCUGGUGUUCCUGGUCUGCUUCGGGCCCUACAACCUCUCCCAUGUGGUGGGCUUCGUCUACUGGAGGAGCCCGUGGUGGCGCAAGAUCGCCGUGCUCACCAGCACCUUAAACGCCUGCAUGGACCCCUUCAUCUACUACUUCUCCUCCUCGGCCCUGCGGAGCACGUUCAGGCACGUCAUGAGGAGCAUGGUGGACAGGCUGCACCUGUGGUGCUGCUGCAGGGCAGUCUACUGUCCCUUGUUGACCUGCACAGAUGCGGACGAGCGCACACAAAGCUCCAACGAUAGCUCACGCUAGGACUGCGGACGCACACAAAGCUCCAACGAUAGCUCACGCUAGGACUGCGGACGCACACAAAGCUCCAACGAUAGCUCACGCUAGGACUGCGGACGCACACAAAGCUCCAACGAUAGCUCACGCUAGGACUGCGGACGAACACAAAGCUCCAACGAUAGCUCACGCUAGGACCACAUUUUUUCCUCAACUUAUGGAGAUAUUUAUCCUCUUGAAGGUCAUAUUAUGAACAUUUUACUACUAAGAUUUCUAAGGGUUUGUUGAAGGGUAUUGUAUAAUGUAUAAUGUAGAAUUUAUUUACCCUGUGUGUUCAAUGGUUGUGCUGGCACAGUCAUCCUGUUCUUGUUCUUGUUCUUGCUUGUUUAUUUCAAUAGUCUGUUAACGGAUGUAGGACACCUUGCAACAUGUGUUAUGAUCGCAGAUUUCCUUCCCCCUACAGAGGCAAACACGGCCUACAAAGACUGAUCAUACCAUAUAUGGUGAUCCCGUACUCUGUUCUGAGUCUGUUGUAAUUUUAUAUAAUGAAUUUAUAUCCAUAAAAUAACUUACCUAAA